CCAAAGAUCAGCAAUUCUAUAAGAUCUCACUAUCGGACAGCUUGCAGUCUUAGGGCGCUAUCCUUAAAGUUGACAAUCAACGAAAGACAAACAAUUACAGCCAUGGCAUCAAGUAGCACGCUCCCUCUCACCAUGCGCGCCGCGCAAUGGCGCUCAAUCAAAGGCGGCAUCGACAAGAAUCUCACUUUCAUCACCGACGCUAAACUACCCAGAAAUAAAUCACCGCUUCCGAAAGGACAAACCCUAGUCAGGGUCGCAUACGCAUCAGUCAAUCAUCUUGACUACAAAAUUGCUGAAAUGCCCCUCACGAACUUCAUGUUCUCCAAACCCGUCACGCCUGGUCUUGACUUCUCUGGCACGAUAGUCUCCACGACACUGGACGAGUUUCAGCCUGGCCAGAAAGUAUUUGGAAGGACAGAGUUACCAACUGGUGGAACUCUUGCGGAGUAUGUUGUUGUUGGCAGCAAGGCAAUGGCAGCGUUACCGGAUGGUGUUGAGCUUAGAGAUGCGGCCUGUGUUGGGAUCUGUGGGACGACGGCUUUGCAAUGCAUGUCACCAUUCAUGAAGGCGGACGAUAGGGUCUUUAUUAAUGGUGGCAGUGGAGGGGUUGGUGUUUUCGCGAUUCAGGUUGCGAAAGCUUUAGGAUGUUCUCAUAUCACAGUCACUUGCUCCGCCUCCAACGCCGAGUUCUGCCGGAACCUUGGUGCCGAUGAGACUAUUGAUUACAAGUCCGAAGACCCGACUGAAGUGCUCAAAAAGAAAGAAGAUAAGUUCGAUUUCAUUCUCGACACGGUCUUCAAUGAUCCAGAUCUUUAUUGGCAGUCUCAUCAGUAUCUCAAACCCGAGGGGCAGUACGUCUGCGUCGGCCUGCCACCACGCUUUCAGACCUUCAAAGCCCUCCUCACGAUCAAUCUACUGCCGAGAUGUCUGGGUGGUGGGAAGCGAAAGUUCAAGUAUCACUCUGUGACGGCAAAUAGGAAGGAUUUUGGGCGGGUUGCGGAGUGGAUAAAGGAUGGGAAGGUGAAGGCUGUUAUUGGGGAGGAAUUUGGGUUGGAGGAUGCGGGAAGGGCUUAUGCCAGACUGAAAGAAGGUCGGACAAGAGGGAAGUUGGUCGUCCGUGUUGGAGGUGAAGUUGGUGCUAAUGGACAAGGCAUUGUUCAGGGAGGAUGAAGGCCAUGGAGUGACCUGACCAAGGUCAAUCAAGCUGGACCUUCGAGAGACAUAAUUUCUUGGGUAUGGCAGGAUGAUUAAUGACGGAAAGAUACUUCAAAGGGUUAUCAGCACUCGUAAUGGGAUCUCCAAUCCAGAUUGAACAAUAUUUAUUACUCAGGCGCCGAUGUCACUAGAAUUCACAGAGUUCACCUUUCAGGACAGUGAGGGCAAUAUAAGUGUCAGGAAUUAUCGAUGAGCAACACCUGACCCUCCGCAAGCUCCUAUUCGGACAAUGAAAAUGAACUCCAAGAAGCAUUCCCUUUCACUAUCAAGGGUGUGCUGGGCCCAUUAGAAGACCAACGGUUAUUUUCAGUCACCGGGGCUAUCGCAAUCUGAAAAGAUGCUGAAGAUUCCCGCUUCAAAUCUAUUGCUUGCUACAUGGGUCAAGAAGAAGUGCUUGAGGUUAAUGACACUAUUUCAGAAUCUCUGGCCUGAUUGCUAGACAAUCACUGUCCUAUGGACAUGCCAUGUCGAACCGUCGAUCAGCAAUGGAUGGAAGGUGAUAGCUAAGGAAGAUAGUGCUCAUUAGGUCAUCCUUCAUGGCAAUUAUCCAUCACGAUAUUGCCCUUUGGGUAGAAGGAUUUGUUAAGGUUGUAGAAGAAGGCUGCCACUUUAGGUAGUAGGUGCGACCCUCAUACCAGGAUCAAUACUUGACCCUAAGCGAGACUGAUACUUAGUCAAGUAUAGCCUAAGCUUGGGGAAUCUUUGUUGAGUGUAUUUCAGGAUACUCUUCUGAACUCUUAUGUGUUCUUGUUCCUUGGCGCCUCCCACAUGAGAUGAACUUGGUCUCUACCAAAUUCAACUAUAUGACCUAUUCUCAAUAAACGAAUU